AUGCUGGAAUACGUAUUCAAUCACGUUCUCAUAGCUCGUCACCUAGCCCAAGCGCUUGCAUCGCCGACCUACGAACUCUGCAAAGGUGACGGGGAAGACUGUCAGUAUGUGAGCUAUAGAGCGGUUGAUGAAACAAAGGGCGAAGAUUGUCGUUAUGCCUGUUCAAGACAGCGAGAGAAUCUGAACGCGACAGUGCCUGCAUGUUACCGUCCAGAGUCUGAUCAGCCAUGCUCUCCUUAUGAUGUUUACGGACGAAAGGGCUAUGACAAAACUUUUGAGAUACAUGUAGACUGUGUAAAGGCGUGUCAUUUUGUCGACAAAGGUAAGCUUACUCACUGUCUAAAAUCAUUCUGCCAAUCUCCAUUGUCUCUGCAUUAA